UGGAUUUUUCAUUUAUAAUUUUGCCCUUCACCGUCCCACAAUCUUCAUCACAAUGACAAAGCUUCUGGAGUGGCUUCUUGGUGUGUCACUGAUUGGUGUGGCAUGGGGACUCGUUACCUUUGACCUCCUUGAUUUGCAGUUGCCUCCCCAGUAUAGAGAGCUGGCGUGGCCCAUGCCUGUAUAUCUGCUGGUGGUGUUUGGGUGUUAUUCACUGGCAACUGUCGGCUACCGUGUGGCCACGUUUAAUGACUGUGAGGAUGCGGCCAAAGAGUUGCAAGCCCAAAUAAAAGAAGCCAAAGAGGAUUUAAAGAAGAAGGGAUUGAAGAUGUGAGAAUUACAUCUUAGCUUCUGUUCUUUUUAUAUACAAAUGCAAACGUAGUCCUAUUAUUUCUGUUUACUUUGUGAUGUCUGUACUACAAUAUGCACUCAAAGCUGUAGCUCAAAGCUGUCCAACUUUUUCCAAGUCUUUUUUUUUUUCAACAUGAUGUAAAUAAUGGUUUGAAAUGUCAACACACUGCACACCUGUGAAUGAUCUAUUUCCAGCAUUGUGACAGUCUUAUUUUAAACAUUACAGGCACAUGCAUGUAUUGUCAAUGGAGAGCAGUGCAGUCAGCUUCUCUAGAGUGUGUAUUUGUAUUGGCCAGGGAAUGAAUACAUCUUUUUUGAACCAGUU